AUGACAACGGCCAAUGCGAGACUCUCGAAGCCAAGGCAAAGCUUGCAGCCAGUGUCGCCGGUAACUUCACGCGCAGAAAGCGACAGCGGCUCCGUAGACGCCGGGGUCUCGCCUAUAAGCGCUCGACAUUCCCGCCUACCAAACUUUGACGCUGACAAGCAAGUGGAAGCUGGGUUCACCACAUACGGCGACUAUGAGGCACCAAGACAGCCGAAGAGCCCCUCUGGCUUCUUGGCGCAUAUAUGGGCAUGGAUAGAGGAGCUGAUUUGGUGUCUACUCAUUGUCGUGAUCUUCGUCGUGCUUGUGGUCGUUCUUUCGCAGUACGACAACAAGCAUAUGCCGAACUGGCCCAUGGGACUCACGCUCAAUACGCUGGUUGCGUUUCUAGCGACUGUCUGCCGAGCCAUGACUUUGGUGCCAAUCAUCGAAGGUGUCUCUCAGUUGAAAUGGAAUUGGUUUGCUACGAAACAGCGAUCUCUCAGAGAACUAUAUUUGUUUGAUCAGGCCAGUCGUGGGCCGCUUGGCGCGUUGCGUCUGCUCCCUAAAACAAGGGGAAGGUUUGUACUUCUGAUGGUGCUUGCAACCUUGAUUUACGCAUUGGGCCUGGUCACUUCUUUCCUCACACAAUCCGCAAUUGCCUAUCGCUACCAGUCCGUGCAAGGAACAAAAGAGAACUGUAACGCGGGGUCAGCCCGAUCAUAUCCCAUGGCUCUGAGGGAGUCUGGUAUUGAAGACCAGGAUCUUCUAGAUGCCAUUACCAACUCGGCAUAUCAAGCAACCUUCCUCCCCUUUAACGAGUCUUGGCCUGCGCCCGGGCCUGUCUGCUCCUCGUCUGGCUGCAGAUGGGAGCCUUUUAGCUCGCUGGCUGUGUGUGUUAGUAUGGCCAACGUGACCAGCCGUCUUUCCGUCAAGAAAGGAAACACGUCAAAUUUAGAGACGACAUUCAAUGUUUCUUUACCAAAUAACAUCGCCUACGUCAAGCACUCCACAUACGACAAUGAGGCCAUCCGAGAGAUUGUCAACAUGACAUCUCCCGGAACCAACCUUGAAUACAACGCCCGAUUGGCGAAUAUGAGCCAAUCCCAGCUGAGUCUUGAAGAUUUCCCUUAUGCUCCAUUUCCCGACGAGCGGGUUUCAUUCGCCAACGCCAGCAACUCGGACUUGCUCCGGGCUACAUUUUCCCAGUUCUUUUUCAUAUACAGCAACUACAAUCCAGACGAAAAGUACAGGUACCGGGCCGUGGAACUUCUUUAUCAUUUCUGCGUCAACGAAUAUUCUGUGUCAGUUAUAGACGGCACUGCCAGAACCACCGUCACAAAUACGACAACCCGAAUUGGAGAAAUUGAGAGAUUCUCGCCAACGGGAAGCAACGGUAAUUCCUUCACUCUAGAGAACAAAGACAGCAGCCAGACCUACAACAUUACGGCGGUCUGGUCAUAUGCCAGACUUCCAGACUACUUUCGACAGGCCUUCUCCGGAGGAUGGUCCUCCAGCUGGCAAAGUGGCAGAGCAUCCAUAUUCAAUAGGAGAUUUGGGAUGGCUCUGUAUAAUGAAAUUAACACGAAUACAUCCAGUACAGAGUUCGACAGAAAAACUUGGGAUAACCUAGAGCACUUUACCUCGAGGAUAGCGGACGCCAUGACAUCCUAUAUUCGGACAAACGACCAGUUGGGCGGCAUGACUGGAGAUAUCAUGGAUCUCCAGCAGUAUGUGGAGAUUCGCUGGGGCUGGAUGGCAUUCCUGGCCGCACAAAUCACCAUCACCAUCAUAUUUCUCGUAUCGGUCAUGAUCCACACAGCAAUAUUGGAAGUUGGCAUCGUAAAGAGUGCCAACACAGCAGAGCUAUUCGCCUUACAGCAGGGCGAACGUGGGGAAAUGAAGGCAGCAAUUGGGAUCCAGACCUUUGUGGAUCCAGCGUGGAAGGCGAAGCUCGUGAACGAUGGAGGCUGCGGAUGGAAACUAAAGAUAGAUUAA